GAGCUGUGGAAGAAGUGAGACAGCCAGGCUACAUGGGCGCAGGAAAGAAGUGACAGAGGUUAGAGAAGGGCCCUAGGAACGUAGGAGAAAGCUAGCAAGGAUGCAUGUGCCUGGGGUAAGGAGCGGGGGAGGUGCAGGUGUGUUCCAGAGAAAGGGCGUGGCGCUUGUGGGGGUGGGGGGGAGGCACAGUUGCGAUGGAGAGUGUGGGAUAGAGAGGUGAGCUGGGUCCUCUGCCUGGGGCUUUCCUCCCCUCUCCAAAGGCAGGGAUCUUAGGGGAGGUCCCAGGGGAGGAUCUCAAUGAGAAUAUUCACCAGCUUUUCCAGGUGUGUCCUUUCAGGGUCGUGGUCUCUAUUGGUCGGUGCCAGGGGAGGGAGUCAUUACUCAUGGCAGCUGGUCCUAAUGUCGGCCAUGGUGUCACCCCACCUGGCCUUGCUGCUUUUCAGGGCCUGGGGCUGAGACACAACUGAGAUCCCGAUGUUAUCCCUGGGGGUUAAUGCUUAUGGGGGCGGUUGAGCAAAGGCCGGCAUGGGAGCCGCAUGAGGCCAUUCUUUGAUCCCUUGCUCCUCCUCCAAGGGGGUCUACCACGUGACUGGCAACGCGUCAGAGGAGGAAAGGUCAAGGGAAGGUUCCAGUCCCAUGACCAGCAAUAUGAAAGGUCAGGGGUCUAAACCGCGAUGCCAGGGGAGGAAAGCUUAUCCUGGGGGAGGUCCUGUUGUCCCAGUUCUGCCUGUUGCCAGGCUCCUGGAGGUGUCCUGCCCUGGUGACCUUCUGCACCUGGCCCAGCGUCCUUGCUCUGCUGCUGUCUGUCUGUCUGGUAAGUGGCAUGUGCCUCCUCACCCAGUGGCACACACUGCUGCUCAGGCAUUGGGGGCAUGGGAUGUGCGGGGACUGUCUUCCACUUCAUAGGCAUGCUCUCCCUUAACCCUCACGCCCAUCCUGGGAGGUUAGACCACCUUUCCUCCACUCUGCAGAGUGGGAAACCGAGCCCAGAGAGGAGCCCAAGCCCAGGUUCAAGCCCAGGCAAGCUGGCACCGAGUGCACAUCCUUAACCACCAGGCUGGUGCCUCCACAUGUGUAAUUUCCUUCCAGGCGGCGGCGGCUGUGGCCAUUUGGGCAAGGAGGGGAGUGACUGCCAGUGAGGCCAGCUGGUGGGGGAGGAGCCUGGAGAGCAGGCCUGGCUGAGAGCCUCCAGGUUGGUGUCGGGGCUUAGCAGGCUGAGCCAGGCCUGCCCUGGCCCCUCCCCGCCAGCCUCAGGUCCUUGGGGACCCUCCUGCGGCCUGAAGCAUCCCCCACUCCUCUGCCUCCACCCCUGCUCCUGUGGUUGGCCCAAAUACCAGACAGGGUGAAUCUUAGCUUUCCCCCAAACAUUCCUUGCUCCCGUAGCCGUAGCCAUAGCCCGGCCCAAGCUGGAGGAGGUUACGCAAGCAGAGCUGGGGGUGGGGGUGGGGAGUCAAGGGGACAGGCUGGCCUUUUCUCACCACCCCAUCCAUCAGCCCACCCACCCUCCCCAAAGCAGGCAAGGGGGUAGGCCAGCGCUCUUGAGCCCCGGGGGAACAGCCUGCAGGGAGGGUGGCCUGUGCCAGGAGAUGGGGGGCGGUGGCGGCCACAGCAGAGGCUCCAGGAGGUGACCGCCUGGUUUCCAUUAGGAAGCCCUGGUCGGCAGUUCGGGCAAGACAGCUGAACUGGGGCUGGCUAUGGUGAGGUGGGGUGGGGGAAGGUAUGAGGGUGAGGCCGGCCUGCCCUGCACCCCCUCUGGGAUGCUCCUGUCACCAUGGCGACAGGGUGCCCAACCUGGCUACACUCUGACCUGUCCCUCCACUCCCAGCGGCUGAGCCUGCUGCUGCUGCUCCUGCUGCUGCUGGGCCCCCCAACUACCCCCGGCAUGGAGGACCCUGCUUUCCCCCACAUGGGGGAGAGCUCGCAGCCCCUGCCCCGGGCCUGCCCCCUGCGCUGCUCCUGCCCCCGGGCUGACACCGUGGACUGCGAUGGCCUGGACCUGUGGCUGUUCCCCCACAACAUCACCAGGGAGGCUCAGCACCUCUCCCUGCAGAACAACCAGCUGCAGGAGCUCCCCUACAACGAGCUGUCCCGCCUCAGUGGUCUUCGCACCCUCAACCUGCACAACAAUCUCAUCUCCUCUGAGGGCCUGCCCGACGAGGCCUUUGAGUCCCUGAGCCAGCUGCAGCAUUUCUACGUGGCCCACAACAAGCUCUCGGUGGCCCCCCAGUUUCUGCCUCGUUCCCUCCGAGUAGCGGAUCUGGCUGCCAACCAAGUGACGGAGAUCUUCCCACUCACCUUUGGGGAGAAGCCGGCGCUCAGGUCCGUGUACCUCCACAACAACCACCUGAGCAACGCCGGCCUGCCCCCCGAUGCCUUCCACGGCUCUGAGGCUGUCACCACUCUUAGCCUCUCCAACAACCGGCUCAGCUACCUGCCGCCCAGCCUGCCACCCUCUCUGGAGCGGCUCCACCUGCAGAACAACCUCAUCUCCAAGGUGCCCAGAGGAGCCCUGAGCCGCCAGACCCACCUCCGUGAGCUCUACCUCCAACAUAACCAGCUGACAGACAGUGGCCUGGAUGCCACCACCUUCAGCAAACUGCACCGCCUCGAGUACCUGGACCUGUCCCACAAUCAGCUGGCCGCGGUGCCUGCCGGCCUGCCUCGCACCCUGACCGUGCUGCACCUGGGCCGGAACCGCAUCCAGCAGGUGGAGGCAGCCCGGCUUCGUGGGGCAGGGGGACUGCGCUACCUGCUGCUUCAGCACAACCAGCUGGGGGCAGUGGGGUUGCCGGCAGGGGCGCUGCGGCCUCUGCGGGGCCUGCACACGUUGCAUGUCUAUGGGAAUAGGCUGGAGCGUGUGCCCCUGGCGCUGCCCCGCCGCCUGCGGUCCCUGGUGCUGCCCCACAACCGUGUGGCCGCACUGGGUGCCCGAGACUUGGCAGCCACACCACGCCUGGCCGAGCUCAACCUGGCUUACAACCACCUGGUCAGUGCCCGCGUGCACCAUCGGGCCUUCCGCCGGCUGCGUGCCCUCCGCAGCCUCGACCUGGCCGGCAACCAGCUGACUCGGGUGCCCUCUGGUCUACCCACUGGACUGCACACCCUGCGGCUGCAGCGCAACCAGUUGCGGGCUCUAGAGCCUGAGCCGCUGGCCGGCCUGGACCAGCUGCGAGAGCUCAGCCUGGCCCAUAACCGACUCCGAGUGGGCGACAUUGAGCCCGGCACCUGGCAUGAGCUGCAGGCCCUCCAGGUCAGAGGCUGGCUGGUUGGCCACACUGACUGUCCCCAUGGCCCUUCCAUGCCCUGCUUGCCCAGGUCCUCCUCCACAGGCCCUUGGAUGAUAACCACAAAAAGAGCCCCCCAUGGGGGGCUAGCUCUGGGGUAGAUAGUCCUGGGGUAAAUAAGACAGAUUCAGCUUCCAGGCCUUUGGCUGUGCUGUCCCUGCCCCCUGGUCCUCUGAGACACCCCCUCCAUCGCCUCGGUAAACACUGUGGCCUCUAGCUCCUCACCACUAUUAAUCCCAGAGUUUAAAGCAUCUGUGGGUAUCAGGCACUGUUCUGGGGGGCCACAGUGACACAGCUCCUGGGCCUGGCAUAAACGCCCUGCCUAGGGAGAAAGCAACCAAUAGCAAACAUAAGUAAACGACAGUGUGAGAAGGGCAUGAGAAUGUGGAUUAAGUGCCAUCUCCGUGAAUGGCUAAUUGAAUCAGUGUCUCCCACAGUAGGUGGGAACUUGUCUGUGCCCCUAGCACCUAUAGCAGGGCCCGCCCCAGAAAGGACUCAAUUUACCUCUGCCAAGGGGAGGAUUUCAGCAGCCUCGAAAAGGGCCAGGAGAAGGGGCAGGACUGGGCUGGGCAUGCAGGGGAGGAGGGCUUGGGAGGAGAGUGGUUUGGGGCUUCGCUGAGCCGAUGAUCCAGGGCCUAGAUCACGGGGCAUCUCUGCCCACCUGCCCAGGUGCUGGACCUCAGCCACAACCAGCUGUCCUUCGUGCCUCCCGACCUGCCCGAGGCCCUUGAGGAGCUG